AAUUAUUUGCUGUAUCAUAUAAAAUCAUAUAUCAGAUGGUAGUGAGUAACAUUAGAUUUUCUUUUAAAGAGUUCAAAGUUGCCUAAAUAUAUUAUGGACUUGACAACGUCCCAGAUUAGAGCACUAGCGAUGAAGAUGGACCCUAUCAAUGCGAUUGGCGAUUAUCAGAAUUUGGCAGACGAACUUAACUUUACAUGGAAAGAUAUUGGGGAGCUCUUCAAGAACCGACCAAGUCCAACACAGGAACUGAUCUCCGUGUUACAACAGAAGCACCCUCAUUACCUGGUAUCUGACAUAGUCAAUUACUUAAGUGAAAUGAACAGACACGAUGCGAUACAAGCCAUGUGUGAUGCAGAAGACAACAAACGACGUGAUAAAAGAUCAAAACGUGCGCAUAUGCCGGUACAAGAGUCUGUGGAUGAAGAAAACUCAGAUGACAUUUUGAGAAAGGCGGAGGAAAGUGACGAGACUGCUGUUGGUAUCCAAAACACAUCUGAAUCAGAUAAACCAUCACCACACUGUGGAUGCACGGGCGAUUCACUCCAUAGCGACAUUCACAAACAGUUCGCUAAUCCCGAAUCGAAAGAUAGCGGCGAAAUGGCCAUCGCGACCGACCUGCUAGAACACACCAUUUUGAACGACAGCACGCCGUCUUCAUCGGCUGAACAGCCGCUGAAAAAAGCUUACGUCAGGGAAAGCUCUGAUGCUGUUAAUCCAUUGAUUACAGAAAAGGGUAUACACGGGUCUGCAGUUCCAGUGUCGGGCCAGUAUAUAAGAGGUGACGCUCAAACUAACCAGCAGGCAGAUGUGGGAAAUGGCGUCAGGAAUGGUUAUACACGUGGGAACCCCAAACCAAGUGCAGUAGUUACUGGACUUCCAUCCAAGGCUGCAGAAGUUACUACCCCGUUGUCUGUAGGUUUGGGUCAAUAUAAACGAGAAAAUCGAGAUAGUUAA